AUGAACAACCAAAUCUACAACACACCAGUUGCACCAGGUGGGAGCCGAGAUGACUAUCUAGGAUACAACACACCACAGUCCCAAGGCGACUACAUGGAUACUUCGUCACAGCAGGCAUAUGCCAAUCUCGAGCAGCCAGUGCAGAAUGAGCAGCAUAUGCCUAUGAACCCAGGAGCAUCUCCGGAGUACGAUUACUUAUUCGACUCUCCGGGCCCAUGGCUUCCCCACCUCUUCUCACCGUCCUCCCCUCACCCAUAUCACAGCCCCUUCCAGCCUCCCCUACACCAAGCACCUCCCGCACCCUCUUUCUGCGCCACACCACGACCGGAUGAAGACUACCAAUCCAUGCUCCAAGCUAUGAAAGAUGGCGAUUUCAACAUUCCCAUCUUCGGCACUGCUGGCCAGAUGUUCCCACACAACACUUCAGCCGUACGCAUGACAUCGGAUGUCCAAGACGCUGAAUUUGGUUGGAACGGUAUGUAUGCACAGCAGACUUUGGGGCCUGGUGCGGAGAUAUUGGGGACACCGGCGUUUGGGCGGCGGAAUCGGAAGCGUGGGGGAGGGGUGUUGAGUAUGUUGCUGAACUAG